AUGAAAAAACUGAUAAAAGAUGAUCCACAACACUUGGAGUGGUACACUCAGAGGUGUUUGUUAAACCAAUACAUAUACAAAGCUUACAUUGACAUUUUGAAAAAGCAACUGAACCAAACUGGAGAUGUCCACAUCUUACAAAGGAUGUAUGGCUGUGAAUGGGACGAUGAGACUGGAGAGGUUGAUGGAUUUGUUCAGUUAGGUUAUGAUGGAGAAGAUUUCAUAGCAUUUGACCUGAAGACUCUGACAUGGAUUGCUCCAAAACCAGAAGCUGUCAUCACCAAACACAGCUGGGACAGAGAUAGACCAGGCAAUGAAAGGUGGAAAUACUUACUAACCCAGCAUCACCCUGAGUUAGUGAAGAUAUAUUUGGACUAUGGGAAGAGCUCUCUGCUGAGAACAGAGCUUCCCUCAGUGUUUCUCCUCCAGAAGACUCCCUCCUCUCCAGUCAGCUGCUUCGCUACAGGUUUCUACCCUGACAGAGCCGACAUAUUCUGGCGGAAAGAUGGAGAGGAGCUUCAUGAAGAUGUGGAACUUGGAGAGAUCCUCCCCAACCAUGAUGGAUCCUUCCAGAUGAGUGUUGACCUGAACCUUUCAUCAGUCACACCUGAAGACUGGAGGAGGUACGAAUGUGUGUUUCAUCUCUCUGGUGUGAAGGACGACAUCAUCACCAAACUGGACAAAACUGUGAUCAAAUCCAACUGUGGUAAGAUAGAAAUACUGACAUCCAAUUAA